UGACCUGAGUCUUAUAUGGAUAUUGCCGUCCCCCCUGUGCCGGCUGCCAGUUCCCCCGCUGUCGCUGGGUCGACCCCUGUCCUCCAUCAGAUCCUCGCUGCAGUCACCCAGCUGCAGGAGACGCUGGCUGCAACGAUCUCCAGGGUGGCGGCCUUGGAGCAGCGAGUCUCCACGCCCCCGCCUGUGCGUGAGAUCUCCUCCAUCCCGGCCCCUGCUCCAGCUUCAGCCUCGGCCCCGUGCCCUGCCCUGCCGUCUGCUGGUGAGGCCAUGGACGCCGAUAGUGGGGACAGUGUGGUUCCCCCUGCGGGCCAGAUGCAGAACACCCCUGCAACCCCACCGGCUGUGGUGACUGCAGCUGCCGAGGGAACGGCCGAACCUCGCCAUGGCCAGACGGGUCCUUCACCUUCACCUGCUGAUCCUCCACUGCAGUGGGAGGCCACACUCCAGGUGCUGCUGGCGCAGUUUGCUUCCCUGACUCAGCAGGUGGCUGAGCUCCAUCAUCGGAUCACCCCACUCCUUGACCGGCAACCACCCCCUCCUGACCAGUGUUUGCUGAGUGACCACUUUGCCCUGGAGACGACCAUCCCGAUCCAGCCUGCCCCUGCUGUGUCCCGGAAGCGGUUGGCUGUCCCUGCUGCCCGGAUGCCGCGCCUCGUUGCCGAAGUCGGGGCGUGGUACCAUACUGUGAAGGGAUCCUUUACCGACGCCGCCUCGCUGUACCACGGCCUGCUGGACACCGUCGAGAGUUUUGUUGCAGCUGGCAGGGCCCCUCCAAGGCCCGCCAAGCGCCGCCUGCAGACCUACGCCUCGGACCCGGCUGUCUCCAACUGUCAGCGCACCCUUGCCUCGUACCAUCGGCGCUGGCAGCAGGACCCAGCCGAUCGGGCUGCCCGCGAUGCCAUGGUCGCUGUGGCGCGCCACCUCACUGAACUCAGACAAGAGGCCCGGGUGAGAGGGAGGACCAAACGGCUGGUGAGUGACUCUGACCCUGCGGGCCGGGCCCAGGACCUGAUGCGCCAGUGGCAGAGGGCCUCCUCCCUUGGUGGUCUCCCUGCACAACACCAGGCCGAACUUGCCCGCCACAGGGAGCGGCGGAUGGCCCUCGUUCAGCACCACGUCACACUUCUGGAUGACACAUGUGUCCCCAUUACCCACGAUGAACUCCUUCUUGCCGUCAAACAUGGCUAG